GAACUAUCAUAAUUCAUAAAGAUCAAAUUUUCAUCCAGAAAAAAAUCAUAAAGAGAAAAUACUAAUAAACCAUGGAUUUACAUCUUCUCCUAAAGCUUCAGUGUUUCCUCCUGUUAUUAUGUCUGCAACUAGCAUCUACUGCAGAAACACCGAUGAUCAAUGAUUCAAGAGUAAUUGCCAAGCCUGGCUGCCAAGAUAUGUGCGGGAACGUUAGCAUACCCUACCCAUUUGGUAUCGGCGAUGGUUGUAGCAUAGACAACUAUUUUUUUAUAAUAAAAUGCGACAACGGAGUACCAGUAUAUGGCUCCAACAUAACUGUCUCAAAUAUAUCAAUAUUCAGCGGCGAGAUGACAACCAACCUGGGAAUAGUUACUAAUUGUUCAGAUAAGAGUAUACAAACGAAUAAUGAUUGGACAUGGGCAAAAUUUGGGAAGUUUACCUUCUCCAGUACAAAAAACAAGUUCAUAGCUAUUGGUUGCGACACCUUGGCAUAUAUAGUAGGGAAUGGUUAUAACUCAACGAUUGGUACAGGAUGUAUGUCAUACUGCGAUAAAAUAGAAGAUACCACAGAUGGAAUUUGCAAUGGUGUUGGUUGUUGCGAGGCCUCUAUUCCAGCCGGGCUUCUGAAAUAUCAAACGGGAAUUGGAAGCAUGUCUAGUCCCCGUAGGAAUUUGGAGUUCAAUCCAUGUAACUAUGCGUUUUUAACUGAAACAAGUUCAUUCAACUUUUCUUCUUCAUACCUCAAAAUUUUCAAAAAUUAUGGGACCUUAAGGGUUCCCGUAGUGCUCGAUUGGACUAUUGGUAACGAGACAUGCGAGGAAGCUCAAAGAAAUUUAACGAGCUACGCAUGUGGACCUAACACUGAUUGUGUCCCGGCAGCCAGCAGUGAUGUUGAAGGUUAUCGCUGUAGUUGUAAAACGGGCUACGAAGGGAAUCCGUACCUAAACAUGAGUACUGUUGGUCAUUGCAAAGAUAUUAAUGAAUGCACCACAAGUCAACAUAACUGUCCUGAGGGACCAGGAAAUAAAUGCACCAACACAGAAGGGAGCUUCAACUGUUAUUGCGAUAAGGGAUAUAGUCCUGGUGUCAGAAAUAAUACCACAAGUUGCCUUCUCGUAAGUCAGAGCAAUCUUCCCGGGAGUCCGAAUAAUAGUCUUAACAAGAUUGUUGUUGGUGCCUGCAUUAGCUUAGUUCUUCUACUUGUGAGUCUGGUGACUGGCUUCUGGAUAUACUGGGGAUAUAGGAAAAGAAAACACAUGGAAGUCAGGGAAGAAUUCUUCAAGAAAAAUGGUGGUUUGAUUUUAAACCGACUCCUUGAUGAACGGGAAGAGGAUAUCGAGGCCAGUAGAAAUUUUGGCAAAGGAGAAAAAAAGCACCGAUCAGUUGCUACAAUAUACACUGAGCAGGAGCUAAGCAAGGCGACUAACAACUAUCACGAGAGUCAAAUUCUUGGACGAGGAGGGUUUGGCACGGUGUAUAAAGGAACCUUAUCUAAUGGAGAAGUGGUUGCUAUUAAGAAGACGAAAAUAGUCGAUAUGAACCAAAAUGAGCAAUUCGUUAAUGAAAUUGCCGUGCUUUCACAAAUCAAUCACAAAAACGUGGUUCAGCUCUUGGGUUGUUGUCUGGAGAGUGAAGUUCCUUUGCUAGUUUAUGAAUAUAUUUCCAAUGGGACGCUUCACCAACAUUUACAUGAACGUGGUGAAGGUCCAACUGCUCUUUCAUGGGAAAAUCGUUUAAGGAUAGCCUCAGAAGUUGCCGGAUCAUUAGCCUACUUGCACUCUGAAGCUUCCAUACCCAUAAUUCACAGAGAUAUCAAAUCAGGUAAUGUACUUCUAGACGAUGAUUACAAAGCGAAAGUCGCAGAUUUUGGUGGUUCGAGGUUGAAUCCUACCGAUGAGGCUCAGUUAAGCACAGUAGUUCAAGGCACAUUUGGGUACUUAGAUCCAGAAUACAUGCAAUCAAGCCAAUUAACAGAUAAAAGCGAUGUUUACAGCUUUGGUGUGCUUCUUGUGGAAUUGCUGACCGGUAAAGCUGUAUUUUCUAAAAACAGGCCUGAAGAGGAUAGAAAUCUGGCUAGUUAUUUCCUUUCUUCUUUGAAAACCAACAGAUUGUUUGCAAUUCUUGACGAAAAUUUGGUAAAAAAUGAUAUUGAGCGAGUCAGUAGUGUACAUGGGCACCAGCAGAUUCAGGAAGUGGCAGAACUGGCACAAAAAUGCUUAAGAAUGAAGGGAGAAAACAGACCUUCAAUGAAAGAAGCAGCAAUAGUGCUGCACGGAAUAACAAGGGUGUCAUCUAACCACCCUUGGGUCUUAGAUGAUGAGGAUGUAACGAAUACAAGAAGCAAAGAAGAAGAGCGAAAGCUUUUGUUAGAAUCAGCUGAAUUACUAUCUUACACAGACAGCAUACCAACAAUCGGUGAUAGCAGCAAAGGGAUAUCGGCACGCUAAUAUAUAUAUAUAUAUAUAUAUA